AACCUGAAUUUUUUUAUUUAUGGCAAUUGGUUGAAGUGUUUAAUGAAAAAUAGUAACCAAAGUGCAAUACAUUGUUGUUCUAGAGCGUAAGUCAGAAUAUGAGCAGUAAUGUUAAGUACUAAAUAUCAAAAACAAGAAUUUCUCUCCAACUUGGCCAGCAAGUCCAAAUUCGUGAUUUGUAAAUGUUAAUUAACGAUUCAUGCCAAAGCAGGAACGGCCACUAAAGUUCGCCUGAUUAGAACGAUCCAUGAAAAACUCAUACUAAUAGAGCGAAAUAUAUUAUAAUAAAAAUGGUCAAUGCAUUUUAAGUAUUAAUUCUGGCGAACUUACAAUGGCAGUGUGUCCUAGAAUUGACACUAAAAUCGACCUCUUCUUCCAGGUUUCUGCCUUUAAAACGUUUCGACACGGCCAAAACAAGCAGGCUCUGUUUCGCAGAGCACGAAUCAUCUUCGCCUCGCUGUUGACGACUUCAUUUAGCAGCAUCUGUGGUUAUCUAAGGCUAUGAUGGCUGUUGAGUCGCAUAAGGCACACCAACGUCGAUUGCCUUCAUUCCCAUUAACAUGGGCCUACUCUAUAAUUGGCUGGCCGGCUGGCUACAGUUGCCUUCAGCUAGUUGCAACAUCAGCGUUGGACCAUCGUCGUAAACAGUUUUCAUUUCCACAAGUUGUGGUAUUGCGUUCUCAAGUUGCCUGCCGCUGGCACAUAUAGUAAUGCGUCGUUGUUGUCGACGAGGUUACCGACGUAGUUGUUUCAACAGCCGGAUCGCCUGAUUGCCACCAUACGUGAAGAUGCAGCUUACGCCUGUGAUUAAGCGCUUUUCAUACUUCAUAAUACUGCCCGCUCGUUUAUACCUCCAAACCGAUCAAUCUUUUUAGUGAUUAACUUACCAUCAUUGAUUGUUGACAGAAGCAGUAACUGAUUUCUAGUGCUUUUUUGUCGCGUCUUUGUGUCUCUCCUACCUGUAUGCUGUGCGUUGUGAUUCUAUGCGCAACAAAACAUCAGGUUGCAGAAACACAUCUCGAUGAGGUUAUCCUCUACCCAUUGUCCUCUGCUCGUAUGGUGAUUUGAGCCUUUGAUUGAAUUUGCCGCGUGAUCCGACUCUCCUGACUGACCGACUGAUUACAAUGCAAGCGUGUGCCGUGACUGCGUCGACUUUGUGCAAAGAGUGCUAGCUGCAGUGAUACUUACUGAUUAUCACCUGGACUGACCUCGACAACAGAGUGAAAUCGAGUGCACUAACAACAAUCUCAUCAUGAACCAAUGGGCACGACGGGGCAGCGGUAUGGCUAAAUUACUUCAACGGACUACUCUAAAACAGCGACUAUCAUUACAAAGGCGGGACGACUAGGUGUCUACAUGGUACAGGAUUAGAAACUAGUCUACCUUCUAUCAACUAUCCAUUGUAGUUGUGUAUCGAUGAUCGGUUGUCGUUUACGCUCUUACUAGUCGCUGGUCCUCAGGUAAACAUAAGCCUACCUACCUGUCUGUGUGCAGGGUGCUUAGUGCCUGCUGUGUGUUGCUGCAUGUGGCGCCAUCUGGUGACUUCUCCUCUAACAUUACUCUGUUUUUAUACGUAUUCUCUUGUGUUGUUGUUGUUGUUUUUCUUUUUCCCUUGCGUAUCCCCAUCCUUGUGUUUCUGUUUCAUUUGGUGUCAUCCGGCUUGGGUUCCUGUUAUUGUUGUUGUUGUUGUUGUUGCGGUCUUAAUUCGUCGUGGGCACUCGGCUGUCUUGCGGACCAACAACAAUCGCGCACUCGGCACUCGCUGGGGACCACGGACGGCUCGGUCGAUCGAUGGAUAUCGACUCAUCGGAUGGCCGCCACCCCUUUCCCUUAUCACGAUCAACUCGGCAAUUCCUAACCCAAUAGGUCAUGACGACCUGGUCAGCGCGGCAGACCUAGUUGGAGGCGGCAGUGCAGGCGAUCUCGUCACUGGAGACCUAGUUUCGCCUGGCGAUCUCAUACCAGGCCAUCAUACCGGCGCUCUGAUGUCGCCGGAUGGAACCGUCGUAGCUGGGCCAGGCUCAGCAGGUGGCGCCGAUCUCGCAUCAGUCAACUCGUGUGCACCUUAUCUCUACCGCUGUGUUCACUGCCCCUAUCAAACAAACUACAAGCAGCGUCUGUUUGAGCACACUUCGACACAUCUCGGCGUUAAACCGUAUUCGUGUUCAAUCUGCGGCUAUAAAUACUCGAAAAUGUCGAAUCUUCGACGGCACGUCCGAGAGGUGCACGAAGGCAUAAAGCGACCAACACCCCGCAAAGACGGCGUUCGAAACAGCCCGGCUCAGAGUUCAAAGCUGGUGGAUAAGGCCGCGCAGAUGGCCUACCCUAGUAAUCUGUUAAGUCUGCUUACGGCUUCGGCACCGAAUGUACCAAAAGAUUACCAUCAUAGCAAGGAUAAUUAGCAAAACGAAGAUAAUUAGAGGAAAAAAGAGAAAGGGGGAGAAAUUGGUGUGGGCCAAAAGAGAUGAUGCACUGAGGCAUUAGUGAGCGAUAUGUGGCAAUAGGUCAGAAGUUUCAUGUACUCAAACGAGACGCGUGACUUGAUAUGCAUCCUUACUAUGCAGCAAACGUGCAUUUCAGUCCUCGUCGGAUUCGUCCGUCUGUUAAUCAUACUACAUCUUUUUUUACUAACUAUCAAAUUAUACUAAACAGAUUAGCAAGGUUGUAUAGAGAAGCGCCCUCUUCAAAAACGAUUUCAGUUAGAACAAGAAAUGUAAUCAGAAGGCCUCUUGAUCAUCGUCCUUACGUAAUGACGAUAAUCUACUCAUUUUUUCGUGGAAUUAUUUCCCAGCAAAUUUGCGUGUACCACGCAUAACAAAAAAAAAAAAAAAGAAAUACAAAGGCGGAAACUAUUUUACUUCGUUGUACUUAGGGGAAACAUUAAUGUUGAACUCUUGUGGUAUUAAGCUUAGCCAGCCACUUUAGUCAACAUCUUCCCACCAGUGUGUACAUUCUAUUUAUUAAUAUAUAUAUAUAUAUAUAUAUAAUUUCUAUACAGACAUAUAUCGAUUAUUAUACCGAUAAUAUUAUUGGAUCUUAAGGAAUAAUGAGAAGAAAGGCCUGCUAGUCUUAGCUACGAAAUGCGUAGUGCCCCUUUUGGGUCCACGCCUAUGUCAUUUUAAAAUUCUAAUUUAUAAUAUAAUAACAGUAAUAAUAUUAAAUUAUAUUAUUAGUAGUAUAAUAUUAUAUAUA